CCAUCCCACCCCGAUCAAUGCUCAAAGACUCGACUUGAUCAGAUCGGCAGCCCGCUCACCAAUGGCAUACACGGUUGCCUGCGGGUUGGCGCGCACGGUUAUGGGGACAAUAGAGGCGUCAGCCACCCGCAGACCACGGAUACCGUGCACCCGGAGCUUCUCGUCGACCACUCCGCCUAGUGCGCGAGGCAUCAUGGAGCAAGUGCCCGUGAAGUGAUGGGCGCCAACCGCGGUCUGGCGCACGAACUCUUUGGCCUGCUCGACAUCAGUCAAGGUAUUGGUCGGGUUACGCUUUCCUCCGGCCUUGAGCUGGCUGCAGAGCGGCUCGCUGGCUGCAAUCUUCUCCAGGAGCUGGACGUGUCUGGCCAAAACUUCGACGUCGAAAGGAUGAGAAAGAUAGGCUGGAUCGAGGGCAACGGCGGGCGAGUCUAACGACGCAGACGUGAUGUGGCUCGAACCUCGCGAGAGUGGGUGAGCGAGGAGUAUGGCUAUCGUGAAGUAUUUCUCGUCGCCAGGAGGGGGCGGUGCCAUGGUCCCGUCUCCGCUGAACAAGGCGUACCCGGGAAACGAGAGAUAGUAUCCCGAAGGCUCAGAGGACGAACUCAGGACGGACCGCACGUACGCUUCCAGCGCCUUUGUGAAGGCCGGAGUCGCAGAUGUCUUGGGCCCGUUCAACUUGUCGAGCAGCUGGGUGAUGUCCUCGCCACCCGGCAGAGGGAGCUGCGCCGUCGCCGAAGUCCCGCUCCUGGCAAACGGUCCCGUACCCUUACCAUACGCCUCCAUGGCAGCCCCGAUGGCUGCAGGAUCCUGACGGACAACGCCAUCCAUGGUGUCGUGUUCUGGAAGCGCCUCGAAGCUUGCGCCGACCAUGACAUGGUUCUGAAGGUUCUCGCCGACGUGAGGGUUAUCAAGCACAACGUCAAUGCCGAGUUCACGUAGAAGCUUCGCGUUUCCGACACCAGAGAGCUCGAGGAGUCGAGAUGAGUUGAGCGUGCCAGCCGUCAACACAAUCUCCUUUCGUGCUGUCACUGUUUUCGUUUCGCCGUCCUUGGUGUACUGGACGGCUUCAGCGACAAUAUCGUCGGCGUCAGUCUUGAAGACAAUCUUCCUGACGAGUGCUCCCGUCACAACCGUGAGGUUGGACCGGGACUUUGCGGACCCGAGAUACGCGCUAGCGGCGUAACUUCUUUGCUUUGUGUCGGGGUCUACGGUGUCGGGCGUGAUGCUGCUGCCGACACCCUGGCCACUCAAGGGGUCGCAAGAGUCCACAAAGCCCAGCCCGCGAAUGGUGUCCUGCCAGACCUUGGGCCAGAAAGACUCUGAGUUGUCCGGCAGGGACAGCUUGAGAGGACCUUGCCCCUCGCCAGAUGCGAUGGAGUAGAUCUUCUUGGAGGCCUCUUUGAACGUAGGCCAGUCCCAACCGGGGUUGCCCAGACCGGCCCAUGCUUCGACGUUGGACUUGGUGGUGACCGUAAAGGAGAGCCCAUUGAGCGCUCCCGAGCCACCGAGGAGGCGGCCCUGAGGAACGGCAAUCUCCCGACCACCUAGACCUUCCUGCAGCACCGUUCGGAACUGCCAGUCAGAAGGCGUUUUGACAAGACUGGGCCCCAGUGCGGGAAUAUUGACGCGAGGGUCCGCCGUUUGGUCCUCGCCCGCCUCGAGCACCAGGACUUGGAUAUCCGGGAUCUCCGAGAGGCGUGUCGCUACUACCAAGCCGGCGACGCCGCCGCCCACGACGACAAAGUCGUAAGUCGUAGUCAUUUUUGGAAGGAAAGGAGAGUGGUGGGAUUCGGGGUGACGCAAACAAGUGAUUCUGCAGAAGCAGAGAGCAGCGUUGGAACUUCUGCCGCUGUUAAAUCAUGGCGAGGCCCCCUUUCCCAAGACGUCUAUGUACGGAUACGAUUGCGGCAAAGCAAUUAGUCGCCCAUGGCCGCCGAGAACACUUCCGGCAUCCCCCUGGGCCAUGUCAUAUCCGUCUUGCACCAACACAAUAUUGCGCCAACCCACCGUUUAUACGGCACCGUUGGAUGCAGGUUCCACCGCAGAGUUGCAUCCGUACCACUCCGUCACUGCAGCAGGGGCUUGACGUUGUGGGACGAAGACCCUCCCACUCCUCUGGGCCCCCUGGUCGGUGACUGACUAGGGGAGACCUGGCAGGUAUCCAGAUAUCAAGGUUAUCUGGAUGACCCAUGAUCACCACCUCGCGAUAUGAGCAUGUACUUCACAACAAUCGGUACAGCCUCGUCGACGUGAUGAUGAACACGGCAAGUCGUGCUAGCUUGCAUCAUAGUUAUUGGACACUAGUCAGUCUGCGUUGGAUUCUGGGUUGCCCGGCAUGCUGUCGAGCGGGGAGAUCAGACUGGUCCCAGCCAUGGAACCAAGAGCCAUGCCGGCUUCGAUGAUGAGCCGACUGGCUAGUGUAAAUCAGAUCCGAGGUCGAAGUCUGCUCUGGACUUGGAUAACGGACUACAAGACCGCGCAUUCAUCGGCUUCGAGCUCACAUGGAUUUACCAAAUACGCCACACAAGCUUCAUGAUGAAUGUUCUUUUCCACUCCGGCUACGAGGGCGUCCUCGUCUACGGCCUUGGCCUUGUCUGCGGCAUUGCCGUCCAUCAGGGAAUAUUCAUUCACGGCGAAUGGCACGUACAGGCGCCUCAGAUUUUACUGGGUCAUUUGUGGCUCUUCUCUUGCUUUGCCGGUCUAAGCAGAUACUACAGUGACACUGCCAUCGGAAAGCUCUGUCAGUCUCUGCUGAUUCUUUCUGCCGGAUAUCUCCCUGGGCUUUUUGCCAGCAUCAUCUCAUACAGAGUCUUUUUUCAUCGUCUCAGCACUGCCGGCUUCAAGGGCCCGUGGUACGCCCGAGUCACGAAGCUUUGGCACGUCUGGGCGUGUCGAGACUGCAAGAACCAUUUGGUCUUGGAGAAGUUGCAUGAGCAAUAUGGUGAUUUCGUGAGGACGGGACCGAGCGAGAUCACCGUCUUCCAUCCAGGAGUCUUCAUGGCCGUGGACGGUCCUCGGUCUGAGUGCAUCAAGGCCGAGUGGUACGACAUCUUGCACCCUGACAGAGCACUUGUCACGACGCGCGUCAAGCCCAUACACGCUGCUAGACGCCGUGAAUGGAACCGCGGGUUCUCGGCGCAAGCCCUUGUCCAGCACGAGUCAAAGAUUCUCAAGUAUAUUGAGCAGCUAGAUCUGUGCAUUGAGGCCGAUGCCAAAGCGCACGUCGCUUCCGAAGUCCGCAACCUGUUCUUCUGGUUCGGGUUUGACGUCAUGGGCGACUUCGUCUUCAGCAAGUCCUUCGACAUGCUGCACCAGCAGCAAUGGCACCACAUCAUUGUGCGGCUGCAGCGUGCUCUGUCUCUUCUGGGGCCUUUCAGCCCGGCUCCGUGGCUCAUACAGGUCGGCUUCAAACUCGGCCCACGGGUCGGCGUUCUCAAGGACUGGUUCGACAUGGUCGCCUGGUGCGAGCGGCAGAUGCGUAUGAGACUGGACGCCGAGACCCCGAAGCCCGCUAUGCCGGAUCUCGCCCACUACUUGAUGGAGCUGGAAGACGGCCAGACGGAACAGAAGGACCGCUUGACAUGGCUUUUCGGUGACAGUUUGCUUGCCAUUGUGGCCGGGAGUGAGCCUACGGCCGCCGCUCUCAUCGGCAUCUUCUGCGAGCUGGCGAAGCAUCCGGAGCACGCCGACAUGAUCUACGAGGAGCUCAAAGACGUUGAUUCAACCAACAUCAAGACCCUCACAGGCCUUCCCCAUCUUAACGCCGUCAUCAACGAGGGUCUCCGUCUGUACCCAGCACUCCUCACAGGCGGGGCCAGGAAGACGACGGAGAACGGGGCCACGAUCGGUGGAACCUUCAUCCCGCCUCACACGACAAUCAUUGCCCCGCGUCACGUUAUAUCCCGGAGAGAGGACUGCUUCGAGCGGGCCAACGAGUUCAUCCCUGAGAGAUGGACCACCCGUCCGGAGAUGGUCCGCAAUGCGGCGGCUUCUGCGCCCUUCGGAACAGGUCACCACAGCUGUCUUGGUCGCUUCCUUGCCACGGACACAAUGAGGUUUGUUGUUGCCAGGCUGGUCAGCAAGUACCGCUUCCGCCUCGCGCCGGGGGAGACGGGCAACCGUGUGUUUGACGACAUCAGGGACCAGUUCACAUCCAAUCCAGGUCCCUUGUCGUUGUGUUUCGAAUUGAGAUGAUCAGAGACUACAUUUAGUAGACAGGCAUUCGAUCUCGGUGUUUGUGUGUGGGGGAGGGGGCUAUCCACAAUACAGCUCUAUGAUCAUAUGCCCGCUCUCGC